CCCGGUCUUCAAUCUCCCUCGCCCGCUGUUCUUUCUUCGCUGUCACUGUUAAUAGUUGUGACAGGAGCCAACACAGCAAGGCGCUGACGUACUGCUGAGCUUCUGUGGUAUUUACUGCCUUUGUCAAUAGAAGGUAGAGCAAAGAUGAUAUCGCGCUCGAGCUACGUUCAUAAAUGCACCCACAUCAGGGCAAAGUCUUCCUGGUUUCGGAGCUGGUGGGAGUGGCUCAUCAUUUGCUCCUCUUAAAACUGUGGGAUCAAUUCGCUGCCCAGUACUGGCUCUUUUGUCAGUACCUCACCCCUGCAAUUAAAGCUAUGGCCACCGAAACUCCUGAGGAUCGUGGCGACUGCCUCCGGGUUUUCCGGGGGACCUUCAUCCAUUCCACAGAUACAUCUCCAGUGGAGAGUUUGGACGCUUAUAUUGUGGGAGUCAACGAAUUGGGAAAGAUCAUAUUCAUCGAUACUGCAGAUAAAGAAGAAGAAUUGUCAGCAAAGUGGCAUUUCAAGAGGGAUACGGUCCGAGUGCUUCAUCCAAGGCAGGAAUUCUUUAUUCCAGGACUGGUUGACACCCACAUCCAUGCCCCCCAAUAUCCCAAUAUGGGAUGUUGCUUGGAUCUGCCGCUUCUUCAAUGGCUAGUCAAGUAUACCUUCCCUACUGAAACCAAAUUCAAAGACCUGAAGUUUGCAGAAGAUGUUUAUACCAAAGUAGUGAAAAGAACGCUGAGAAAUGGCACAACUACUGCAUGUUACUUUGCAACCAUCCAUACUGAUUCAUCUUUAAAGCUUUGUGACAUCAUUGAUAAAUUUGGCCAGCGAGCUUUUGUGGGCAAAGUAUGCAUGGACGUUAACAACAUCUAUACGGAGUAUAAGGAAGCAACAGAGGAAUCAGUAAAGGAAACUGAAAGAUUUGUUGCUGAGUUGGCCAAAUUGAAGUAUCCUCUGGUGAGACCUAUUGUGACCCCUCGAUUUGCGCUCUCUUGCUCUUCUGAGUUAUUGAAACAAAUGGGGACAUUUGCAAAAGCCAAUAACUUGAACAUUCAGAGUCAUAUCAGUGAGACUCGGCCUGAAAUUAAUGCUAUGAGGAAAAUAUUUCUAAACUGCAAGAAUUAUUCUGAAGUUUAUGAUGCCCAUGGCCUUCUGAACAAUAAGACUAUCAUGGCUCAUGGAGUCUACCUCUCUGAUGAGGAGCUUGAACUCUUCCAGAAGAAAGGAGCUGGCAUUGCACACUGUCCCAAUUCUAAUAUAUCCCUGUGCAGCGGCUUAAUGGAUGUCCGAAGGGCUCUGAAUCACAAAGUAAAUGUGGGGCUAGGAACAGAUGUUUCAGGUGGUUACUCCCCUUCAAUACUUGAUGCUGUACGGAAAGCCAUUGAGACGUCCAAAAUUCUGAGUAUAAACUCUCCAGAUUAUGAGAAGCUUUCGUAUGGGGAAGCAUUCAGACUUGCAACCCUUGGCGGCAGUAAAGCUUUGGGCCUCGAUAAGCUGACAGGAAACUUUGAGGUGGGAAAGGAUUUUGAUGCAGUUCUGAUCAACACCAGCAUCCCAAGUUCUCCGUUUGAAGUAUCUCCUGAGGACACCCUGAUGGAUAUUUUUCAGAAGUUUCUAUUCUUAGGAGAUGACCGGAACAUGUCGGAAGUCUACGUGGCUGGCAAGCAAGUGUUCCCUUUUCCCAGAGCCCAGUUAAGAGUUUCAGAACACAUAGCGCACAUUGACAGGGAUUGAUAGAUAAUCUGUCCAAUCACAGGGUGCCUCUAAUAGAAAAUACAUCUUUGUCUUGCUUGCUAACUGAGCUGAAGUUUUAAAAAAAAAUAAGUUUAAGGCUUUAAAUGGCAAUUUCUUUCAGCUAGACUAAUUCACAUUUGCACCUUGAGUUUGGUGCUCUGCAGAACUUCAGCUGUAACAUUUGUCCUUGGCUUUUUUCAAUUAUUUUGCUCCUUCCAUUGGCUUUCCCAUUGAUGUGAACCUCACUGACGGGGGUUCACAUCAUCCCUUGGAAAUUGGGAGCAGGUCUGGCAUUCCCUAAUUCAUGACUAUGAGCUCGGUCUUCCCAAAUUCCAGGAUUGUGAUCUUGGUAUUUUCUAAUUCCAGGAUGCUGAGCUCAAUCACACUUCCCGAGGACUGCCUUGGGAAAGGAAAGCUGACUUGGGACUGAAAGAUGUAACACAAGCAUUUGCAGAGGCAGGGAGUGUGAUAGAGCACAGAGAGAGAAACUAAUUUCUUUUUGGUUUUAAAUAAUUAAGAACGUGAGAAAUAGGAGUAGAUGGAAACAAUAAAGCCCCUGAAAUCUGCUCCCAUGUUCAGUUGGAUUGUAGAGUCAUGCAGAAAUAGAGCACUCAAGAUCUGAACAGCAGAACUAAUUGUUUUAUAUUGACACAUGUAUUGGGAUAGUGAAAGAUUUUGCAUGCCAACCUUCAGAUCAUUCCACAUAUCGAAAAUGUGCCAAAGGGAAAACAAUCAGAAUGCAGAAGAUAGGAUUGUGCUUACAGAGAAAGUGCAAGGGUAGGCAAAGGGACUUAAGACGAGAGGGGAGAGAUUUAUUAAUGAACUGAGGGGAAAUACUUUGUCCAUGCCUCCCAGAAUGUCCAUUUGCCCACAUUUGGCCCAUAUCCCUCUAAACCAGGGGUUCCCAACCAGGGGUUCACAGACGCCUCGAUUAAUCAUUAGCGUCUAUAUUAUAAAAAAAGUUUCGAAACCCCUGCUCUCAAUCACUCCUGUCAAUGUAACACUUUCAAUAUUGUUCAUGUACUUCCUCAACCACUUCCUCUGGCAGUUCACUCUACACAAAUGAAAAAGUUGCCCCUCAAAUUCCUAUUAAAUCUUUCCCCUCUCAUCUUAAACCUGUGCCAUUUAGUUCUUGAUUUGCCAUGACUAGUUAGAUAGGCUGAUCAUCUUUAGCAUAUAAGUGGGACUAACAGUAAGAUGGGAACUGUCCUUGAGCCUGGUCGUACAUGUUCUCAAGCAUUUGUAUCUUCUGCCCAAUGGGGGGGAGGGGGGAUGGUGGAUGAGAGAAUGAGAUACUAUGGGUAUAGGAGGGGUCCUGCUUUUCCAAGACAGUAAGAAGUAUAGACAGAGCCAGUAGAGGGGAGACUGGUUUGUUUGAUGGACUGGGCUGCGUUCACAAUUGCCAGCUACAUCCUUUGGUUUCUAAUUCUUCUGCUAAUCCCCCAAUUAACUUUCUAUGCUGCAAAAUGUACAACUCCAUUUCUCCAGGCUCCCUGGGUAACCAAAGUCUUUCUUUCCUGGGACCAUCUCACUAAAUCUGCUCUGUAUCCUGGUCAAAACUUUAAUUUUCCUCUUAAGGUGAAGUGCUUGGAAUCAGAAAGUCAAAUCAUGUGCAAUUAUGUAUAAAGGUUUAAAUGUAUUCUGCAAUUCGACAGUUGGUGCCUCAGUUAAUGAAAAUUCAUUUAACUGUUGAAGAUUUCCUCAUAGGUUUCAAGAAGUGGGUGUACUGGGGGGUGGGGGAGGAAGUGGUCUAACAGCAAUAGCAACAAUGGCCUCCAUGGACAACUCUCUUAACCUAUCUGAAAGCAAUGAUAUUGAACCGCAAAAGUUAUAACAUGGCGGAAGACUCGGUCAGAGAGACAAGUUUAGAGAGUAAGUAUCAGAACUUUGAGUCUUGAUAGCUGAAGGCAUGGACAACAAAGGUGGAGUGAAUUAGUUUGGAAAUGCUGUGGCUAGAACAAAUAAACCGUUAAUUAUCUAAUAAAAUAAAUUAUUUUAUACUGCUGAAGUAAAUGACAGAAGUAUAGCAGGGUAAGGUCAGGAACUGGGGUCUAGCUUCAGCCUUCAAGUAAUUGGCAUGAACUGCAACGCAAGCAACAGAAUUUUUGAAUGACUUGAAUUUUCCAGAAUUGAAGUUAAGGUGACUGAAUUAUACAGUGUUUGACUAAUGGCAAUAAAUCUAUGGAUGCACUGAGGCAGGAGCGGAAGCAGGUAACUCAGGUGUGACGUGUUAAUGCAAAUGUGGAUCAAGCAUUCAGCUCAGUUGGCAGCAACAAGUUUAAACAAUGUGAUUUGGUUCCAAGCUAUGCAAACCAAAAGCAAAUUUUUUUAAUGAAUUUGAAACCCUGUAAACAAAUUUACCCUUCAAUUACAUAAAAACAGAGUAGUACUUACAUUGCCUUGCUCUUUUCACGUUAACGUAUUGAGGUCUCGCUCCAUACUAAGCCACAUGCCAGGUUGUGACACUGCAAUGAAGAAUUUAGGCUCCUGGGUAACUGUCUAAUGGUAAGAAAGGAAACAUGAGAAGAACUUGGAUUCAAGCACAAACAUGGAAUAUAAAGGGAAAAGGUUUAUGCUUUUAAAGCUAUGUCUUUAUUUCCAUUGCAAACUCAUGUUAUCAAUCAAGACAAAACUGGUUUAUACACCACGUUGCACCUAUUAAAAACUUUGCAAAGUGGCAUAUCUGUAUUGUCUAAAAAAGCGUGCUAUUUUAAGCUGAUCUUUAAAAUGCUCUGCUUUUAUGUCAAAUAAAAACUGUUGUUACAGAAAUGUAAGAGCUUGAAAUA